UCAACAAAAAAGGCGGCAUUCAAAGCUUCUGGCGGGAGUCGGCUGUUGGCCUGGUUAAAUUUGGCUUGUUCACACCAAAGUCUACAUUAAAAAAAUUUUUUUUCAUCAAACUUUGAGAUUAAACGUCGCUUUGGGACAAAAGCGACCAAGAAAAGGUUACUUAUCGCAAUUUCCUUUCACCUUUCUCCCAGCCAUUAGCCCCGCGCGCUAACAUAGCAUUAGCCGCCGCUAACGUUAGCCGCCGACUUCAGCAAACGCCACGAAAAUGUCGGCUGGCAAACGAAUGAAGAAGAAACUCUCUGAAGAAGCUUUGAGUAAAGUCUUUGACUUUUCACCAGUCGCCAAGAAGAAAGCGCUCAACUACGGCUCAGAAGACGACCCUGGAGAAGCAUCGGAGGAGAAAACUCCCAUUAAAGACAUAGCUCCGUUGAAGAAAAGACCAGUUCGCAACUUGAAAGAUGAAGACAGUACAGUCGCUGUUGGGAGUGAAGUUCACAACAUGUUGGAGCGCUUUGGAGCUGACAUCAACAAGGUGAUGCUCACCAAGCGCAAGCGUCUGGAAAGUCUGACCAAGACUUACAUGAACGGAGGUCAGCAGAAAAUGGAGCAACUGUGGAACGACUACCACAAGCAGAGGCAGAAGAUGACUCAGGAAUGUUCUCAGCAGUUGUCGUCAGUUCUGCAGCAGUGGCAGCUUGAGGUUCAGCAAGUGGAGGAGCAGGAGGAAAAGCUCAAUAAUCUGAUGCGCCAGCAGCAGAAGGUGAUCCAGCAGAGCAAAGUUCUUCAGAAGCAGAAAGUGGAGACCUUGCAAGAGCUCUUCAAGCACUUUGUCAAGAACAUGGAGGAGAUGGAGAAGAGCCAAGAGGACAUCCUUCAUCGGGCGCAGCAGGAGCUGAGGAAGGAGAUGGCCACCAUGCAGAAGAAGAUCCUCAUGGACACUCAACAACAGGAAAUGGCAUCCGUGCGCAAGUCCCUGCAGAGCAUGCUCUUCUAGACUCCUCUCAGCUCAUCUUGUUGACCUUACCGACGUCAACUUUUCUUCUUCUCCAGCAUGCGUGUUCAUCUUCUGUUCAGUGUUGGAAAAGAUAACGUGAAGCACUUCGGGGUGGUUUUCUGUCCGCUCGAGCCACCUGUCGGGGGCACUGUUUUGUUCCCAGUGUUCGGACACAAUGUGAAGGUUUAAUUCUGUUU